AUGUCGCAAGCGCGGAUAUACGCGGACGUGAACGUGCAGCGGCCCAAGGAGUAUUGGGACUACGAGGCGCUCACCGUGCAGUGGGGGUACGGGCCAGGACUUUUCAUCUCCAUUCAUCUCCUCUCCCUCACCCCCCCCGCACUACCGCCCCUUCCUUCUUCCCUUUUCCUUCUUCCCUUUUCCCCGCGACCAGAGCGACUACGAGGUGGUGCGCAAGAUGGGGCGGCGCAUGGUUCUCCUCUUACGUUUCCGGUCCCUCCCCAUUCCCCCCCCCCUCCCCACUUCCCCCCCAUUCCCUUCACCCCCCAUCCCCCACUUCUUCCGCUCUUCUUUUCUUCUCCCCCUAGAAGAGACCAGGACGACUACGAGGUGGUGCGCAAGGACGACUACGAGGUGGUGCGCAAGGUGGGGCGGGGAAACUACAGCGAGGUGUUUGAGGGGGUCAACGCGGUCAACGCGGACGACUACGAGGUGGUGCGCAAGGUGGGGCGGGGCAAGUACAGCGAGGUGUUUGAGGGGGUCAACGCGGUCAACAGCGAGAAGUGCAUCAUCAAGAUCCUCAAACCCGUCAAGAAGAAGAAGAUCAAGCGAGAAAUUAAGAUUCUGCAGAACCUGUGCGGCGGCCCCAACAUCAUCCGCCUGCUGGACAUUGUGCGCGACCCGCAGAGCAAGACGCCGUCGCUCAUCUUUGAGUUUGUGAACAACACCGACUUCAAAGUGCUCUACCCCACUCUCUCUGAUUACGACAUCCGCUACUACAUCUACGAGCUGCUCAAGGCUCUGGACUUCUGCCACUCACAGGGCAUCAUGCACCGGGACGUGAAGCCGCACAACGUGAUGAUCGACCACGAGCAGAGGAAGCUGCGCCUCAUUGACUGGGGGCUCGCCGAGUUCUACCACCCCAACAAGGAGUACAACGUUCGGGUGGCAUCUAGGUACUUCAAGGGUCCCGAGCUGCUAGUGGACCUGCAGGAUUACGACUACUCGCUUGACAUGUGGAGCCUUGGCUGCAUGUUCGCUGGCAUGAUAUUCCGCAAGGAGCCUUUCUUCUACGGCCACGACAACUACGACCAGCUUGUCAAAAUCGCCAAGGUGCUGGGCACGGACGAGUUGAACAGCUAUCUGGGCAAGUACAGCAUCAUGCUGGACCCGCAUCUGGAGGCGCUGGUGGGGCGGCACAGCCGCAAGCCGUGGUCCAAGUUUGUCAACAGUGACAACCAGCACCUUGUCUCCCCUGAGGCGGUGGACUUUCUGGACAAGCUGCUGCGGUACGACCACCAGGACCGACUCACAGCCAGAGAGGCCAUGGCGCAUCCUUAUUUCUACCCUGGCUGCGCCAGUGCGCGGGAAGGGGCUGAAGGCGAGUGCGCGCGGAAGCGAUCGGCGGAAGGCAGCAGCAGCAGCGGGAAGGAGCGCGCGAUUGGGGUGCCGUGCGAUGGCGAGCGAGCGCCCUCCACGGCCACGCAGCUUCCCGACCUCAUGACGGAGUUCAUGGUGGACAUGUCGUGCCAGAGCUGCGUCAAGAACGUGCGGGGGAAGCUGGAGCCUCUGGAAGGCGUCAAGCUGGUGGACAUCAGUCUCGAGUCGCAGGUGGUGCGCGUGUUGGGGAGCGCCACGCUAGCCCAGCUGGAGGAGGCGUUGAAGAAGAGCGGCCGCAAGGCGCGGCUGAUCGGCCAGGGGGACCCUUCGCAGCUGGCCCUCACAGCAGCAGUGGCGGAGUUCAAGGGGCCGGUGAUCCACGGUGUAGUGCGGUUCGCCCAGGUGAGCAUGGAGGAGGUGCGGGUGGAGGCGCAGUUUGACGGCCUCUCCCCCUCCACCGCCCAUGCGUGGGCUGUCAACGAGUAUGGAGACCUCACGCGCGGCGCUGACAGCACCGGCAGGUGCUAUCCAGGGGAGGCGCCAUCUGCUGCUGUUGCUGCUGAUGGGCCCGCGGGUGACUUGGGCGUUCUGAACACAGACGACAAGGUCCAUGCGUCCUACGCAGCCCCCAGCACGCGCCUCAAGCCUGCAGGCGAUCUGGGAGUUCUGAACACGGACGACAAGGGUCAUGCAUCCUAUGCAGCACCCAGCACGCGCCUCAAGGUGUGGGACCUCAUAGGCCGGGCCGUGGCGGUGUAUGACGGGGCUGACAGGAGCAGCAGCAAGGGGCUGGCAGCAGCGGUGAUCGCGCGCAGUGCAGGAGUGGGGCAGAACUACAAGUCGCUGUGCUCCUGUGAUGGCACCAUCAUCUGGGAGGCCACUCCGAGCGACUAUGUGCAGCAGAAGUAG